AUCAACAGCAGAUCUCCAGAGCGACUUAAGAAAGUAGAGGUAGUCUCGAUCAAAAACACAUCCUUAUGCUAGUUCACGAGGACAGGGACUAAGAGUAGCAUCAGCCUAAAAACCCUUUAGGAAGGAUAGUAUAGUAUGACAUGAAAAUACAAGACUAAUCCAGUGUGUUUACAUCUGUUGCUAAGCUGUCGCAUGUCAGAGUGUUUAGUGGUGAUUAGAUCGAUAAUGAGGUGGAGUACUGUGAUGAUUUAAUCAGUGGGAAAUCCUUUCUGUAUAAACGAAAUCGCAAGCAGCAUUCCUUUUGUAGGACACCUUUCACCAAAACUUUAAUCAUGAGAGAGAGAGAGAGAGAGAGAACAACCUCCCUAAGAAAGUAUGCCUGAAAUGUGUUGGCAUUAGUGAGCUGUACCUGGCUUAACUGGUUUUAUCUGAGCUUGUUUGAUUUUGUAUGACUAUUGAACUAUUUCAUCUUCUUCUAUGUGUGUGUGUGUGUGUGUGUUGUCAGGUCAUCCCUCCAGCCCCUGCAUGGCUAUCCCUUACUUCACAGAGAAACGGCUCGUUGGUGGCAUCUCCGGCCCCGAUCACCGAGAGACCCAAACGCAGUGGGAUCGUACCAGGUCUCAUAGCUGCAGGGAUCUUUAUAAUGUUGCUGCUGGCUCUCUACACCGCUCUGUGGAAAUGCAUGGUGUCUCCACCCAAAAGGGGAAAAAGGAAACGGAUCUUAAAGGGAACCAACGCAACAGUGUGACCUCACAGGUGUCAGGCUUUUCCAGGAGCCGUCUUUUUUUUAUUACGAGCAGGCGUCUUUAACGAACAGGUGUUUUAGGCGUGGCUCUUUAAAAACCCUCUGGUGACCUGCACUGUUCUGUUGGACAAUAAAAGGGUUCUUUUAGACUGUAUGAAGCCACUAUUCUGCAGACUGUGGACUAAUCGGAAAGAAGGAGAAAAAAAAAAAAAAAAGAACUGUGCUAUCAUGCCCACUAGUUGGCAGUACAGUGUAUGUUUUGGUGGCAUUCCCUGGCAUCCAGGAUUUAAAAAAAAACAAAA